ACCCGCUGACAUGUACACACACUCACACACUCAUAUACACACUCGCACCGCUCAGCCUGCGACAUUAGUGACAGGAGCGAGACGGAGACCGGAGCGCUCAACUAGACCACAACUCCGACCAAAACAACGACAACACCUCUCUUCUCUCAUGUAAAAGGCAAACGCUUCUGUCUGCUCGCUUUUUCCUCUUCGGCUCUGCUCUUUCCUCACUUUUAAACCAUCUCAGAUGUAGGUUAGUGAAACUCUGACGAGAAAAAUCUAAAUAAACUACUUUCUAUUUUUCUCCGUUGCCUUUCAGUUUUCAGUCCGAGUGAGGUUAAGUUAGUUAGUUCUCUGUGGUUGUUUUCAGCUCACUUUUUCUCUCCGCCGGCCGUUCCUUAUGUGCUCGGCGCCAUGGCUGAAGCGGCCCCGCGACACACGGUAGAAAUCGACCCGGACUUCGCGCCUCUCCCGCGGCCGCGCUCAUGCACGUGGCCCCUGCCCCGGCCGGAGCUCACGAACCCCGCGGAUUCGGGCACGUGUUCGCCGGCGUCUUCUGGCCAGCGAGAGGCGGCAGCUUCGGCGGGCCAUACGGACUUGGUCGGUGGCCUCGGCUUGCUAGAAGAGAGCGAGGACUAUGAGGAGCAGAAGGGGCUCGACUUCGACUGUGUCCACCAGCAGCAGCAGCAACAGCAGCAGCAGGUCUCGAGCCCACAGCUGGCUCAGCAGCAGCAGCAGCAUGUACCUCUGCUGUCGUCCGUUUCGGCGCAGAGGAAGAGCAGCUCCUCCCGGCGCAACGCAUGGGGCAACAUGUCGUAUGCGGACCUCAUCACCAAGGCCAUCGAAAGCUCCCCGGAGAAGCGCCUCACUCUGUCCCAGAUCUACGACUGGAUGGUGAAGAGCGUGCCUUACUUCAAGGACAAGGGAGACAGCAACAGCUCCGCCGGCUGGAAGAACUCGAUCCGGCACAACCUGUCUCUGCACAGCCGCUUUGUACGGGUGCAGAACGAGGGUACGGGAAAGAGCUCAUGGUGGAUGCUCAACCCCGAGGGCGGUAAAAGUGGUAAGUCGCCCCGCCGCCGCGCCGCCUCCAUGGACAACACCGGCAAGUUCGCCAAGAGCAGAGGGCGUGCAGCCAAGAAAAAGCUUGCUCUUCAGGGUGGUCCUGAUGGGGGUGCAGACAGCCCGGGUUCUCAAUACAGCAAGUGGCCUGGCAGCCCCAACUCUCACAGCAACGACGACUUUGAUGCCUGGACGGCCUUCCGCCCUCGCACCAGCUCCAAUGCCAGCACAGUCAGUGGCCGCCUCUCGCCCUUCAUGUCAGAGCAGGAUGACCUGGGUGACUCAGACAUGCAUAUGGUCUACUCUGGCCCUGGCUCUGGUGCCAAAAUGACCUCCACCCUUCCAAGUCUGUCAGAGAUGGCCAGUUCCUUGGGUCACAGCAGCUCGGAGAAUGUAAUGGAGAAUCUCCUGGACAACCUUAAUCUGCUCUCACCCAAGAACCCAGCUGUGGGCUCUGCAGGAGGACCUGGGACAGGCUCUAACCAGUCUUCACCUUCAUCUCUCCUUCAGAGCAGCCCUGGAUAUCCCUCUUACAGCUCACCUGGCCUGGCUGCCGUCAACCAGCAACCACAGCAAGACUACCGCAAGUGCCUGUACAGUCAGGCAAGCAUGGGUAGCCUGUCCUCCAUGUCCAUGCAGCCUCUGCCAGAAAGUAAGGCCAGUUUUGGAGGCGGCCCUGGAACCAUGGCACAGUUUAACUGCACGGCAGGACUGCUGAAGGAGCUUCUGACUUCAGAUCCGGAGCCACAUGGUGCAGACCUGAUACCCUCUGUAGAUACAGUGGUGACCCAGUCUGCCAACUCUGCAGGGCGCAUGCUGCCCCCUUACACCAGCAGCCGGAGCGAACUCAUGGGGGGCGGAGCCUCUCACAGCCACUCUCUGUCUCACCCUCACACCAUUCACAACCAGGCUCCACCCACCACAGUAGCCAUGAAUGGACGCACUCUGCACCCCCUGACCAGCAUGAACCAUGGGGCUGUAAGCGGACGCCUUGGGUCAAUCAAAUCAGCCAUGCAGAUGCAGUAUGGAACAUCCAGUCAUAUGGGAGGGGGAGGACUUUCCUUCUGCAGCCUCAACGGCAACGGGUACAGCCGUGGCCCUGUCCUGGCCCCCGAGCAACAGCACCACCAGCACCUGGAGAAAUUGCCCAGCGAUCUGGACGGCAUGCCUGUGGAACGCUUUGAGUGUGACAUGGAAUCCAUCCUGCAUGACACUCUGAUGGACGGAGACUCACUGGACUUCAACUUUGACCCAAUGACGAGCCAGCAGGGGUUCCCACCACAUGGCGUCAAGACCACCACUCACAGCUGGGUGUCGGGGUAAAACAUUUCUGCCUCUCAGACUGGAGAGUAAGAGCCCAAAGAGGCCAUCCUCGCCCAUUCAAGCAAUGCUCUCUUCUACCGGUUCUCAUCAAGGACAUUCCCCUGCUCUCCCUCUGCUCAGCCGUGGCUGUGAUACGACCGCACACUGCCAAGGACAUUAGAUCUGUGAGGAGCAGAAGGAUGCUCUGCUCUUUUGCUAUGACGCACCUUCAAACCAAGUGCCAAACCAGGUGCCUGUACUACUUAGCCAAAUCACAUGUGCUUUAUUUUGCUGCCUUUUUCUCACUUUGAGAACCAGUGGUCAAAUCAGGGCAAAAACAGCAUGGUCCACAACCAUGGCCCACAUAUCAGCCACAAGAGACGUACACAUACACACAUGCACAUUUAGACAUAUGCAAAUAUGCAUCAUAGUUACCAUCUUGAUUAUCAGUACAAUCAGAUUAUCUAUUAAAUUCAAACUGUGAUCUUUCUCAGCAUUAUAAUCAGACCCUUUAUCUUUCACAGCCCUUUAAAUUGACCAUUGCCUGGUAACAUGUCAUCUUUUCAUUAGCUGUCUUUAGUGCUAUUAGAGCUCAAACUACUGCCCUUGGCUUUCUGCUGGGCAUCGUAAUGUCUGUAUUCAGUGCUUAAUGCCCUGGAUAUUCCACAGCUGGCCUUAAUGGGAAAGAGAACUGGAUCCUAAAGAUGAGUGUGUGUAUAUAGUCAUAUCCGGACAAAGUCCUCCACGGCAGGACCUGGAAGAAGUUAGGGAAACCUCUUGGCCUACUAGGACUGUGUUACAUUAUAACACUUUCUGUUCUCUCCUCUGUUUUAGAUUCAGAGCAGAUGUACUACACUUUUUAAAAAAGAGUGUAUUGUGAUUAUGUCAUGUCCCGAGCGUUUACACAAAGAAUUCAGCAAUCAGGGCAGCAGAUUUAACGUUUUGUGAAUCUGAGAGAAACUGGAUCUGACACUUGACAUUUCUGUUGGCUCAGUUGUGCUCGUGAGGGUGCUUCUCAUUCAGACUGCGUACACGGUUCCACAUUUCUUUGUAAAUACAUGGUAAAUACAUAUGGCAGAAGCAUAAAGUUGAUAUAUUUGAGAUUUUUGUUUUGAAAUUUUCUUAUUGUUAUUAUUGCGUAUGGUUGGCUUUAGCUGAGGAUAGAUUAAGCUGUGUAUAAUGCAUGCACAUUUUAGCAGUGUUUUGGGGUCCUUAAAGGACAAGUCCACCAAUUUUUUCAAAGUUUCUUUGUGCUCUUGCUUUGUAAGCUCUCCUACAGACUGAAAUGUGAGUGUAUAACCUGUCAUAUUUUAAGAUGCUACACUUACAAGUCCCAAGGAACACAGUGUAAAACAUUUUAAAUGGUUGUAUGCUAAUACAAUUGAGUAUUAUAUUAAAUAUACAGCAAAAUUUCAUAAAAAAUAAUAAUUGAAAUAUAAUAACACAAGGCUUAAAAUAGCUUAACAGACCUAGUUGAGAAUUAUCUGGGCAUGGUUAAUAUUCUGAUAAGUACACACAACUGACAGCCCUCAGUCCAACAACCUGCUACAGCACUAAAGCAGAAAUGAGCCAGUUGGGCUAUAAUGAAUGGAUGGACAUUCAGGUGGCAGGCAGACAGAUGGGCUAACUUACUAGCACAGUAACACUUGCCAAGUUAGCUUUUGCUUGGUCGUUGUCUUUCAUUUAGUACGUUUCUGCGUACUGAAACCCAGACAGUCUGCAGGGGAAUCAUACAACCCACAUGAACCCUGUAAGUUUUGAGGUUACUGCUAAUAUAUGUGUGACCCAGGAUUAGUGCUGUUCAGUUUACAUUGAAAGAGUAGAAUGCAUCUGCCAUUUAGUGGACAUUGAGAAGUUAUUAAUGGGACAUACUUGGUACAUGUAUGUUGAAUGCCCAAAACAAGCAAAAAGAUCAACUUACAAAGACAACACAGAUUUGUAUUCCUUUAACCGUAGACCAGAAUAUUCAGUCUUCUAUUUGACUUUUCAAAACUCACAAGGUCAGAAGGGACAACGAAAUUCUGGAAAACUGCUGGACAUGCCCUUUAACAUUUCUCAUGGGGGCCCCAAACACAAGAGUCUUGUGAUUGUGGCUAAUUAUGCAGUUGAAAACUACAGUGCAGGCAGGCUCUUGCCAGUGUGACAGCAUAGAAUGGGCCUCCCUCUGUGUUAGCAGAAAAGCUACAAUCCUCUGCCUUUAAGAAAGCAUAGGGAGAUUUAUUUACUUUUGUUUAUUUAUUAGAGUGAAGGAGAAGAGAUGUGAUUGAAUCACAUCACAGAUUAUCACAGAUGUAUUGUAUGUUUUUUCUCUUUCUCUCAAAAUGCAGGCACUGUGAUGUACAUGUCAAUAUGUUUGUGAUGUUCUGAGUUUGUGUUGCCUUUAAAUUUAUUGAUAUAAAAAAUGCCUUAUUCAAGACAUGUCAAAGUAGCCUCACUGCCAUGUUUCUUUCGCUCUCUCCUUUUUCUGGUCACUUUUGUAUGAGCAUAUGUCCUCAAAGGCGGUGAUUCAAUAAUAAGCUUCAAUAUUGCUGACACCUCUCACUUCGUACCACCAUUAUGAAACCCGUGAACUUUCAUUUUGUUUUAUUCACUCUGACACCCCUAACAUUUGUAUGUAUUGGCACUGCCAGAGGGCAAUUCAUAACAUUCUUUCUGAAUCUGGAUCAAGCUUCAAAAGAACAAGUCAACUGAAGAGGGAAAGCUUCUUGGAAAUUGAAGAAUAGCUUUUAAAGCAGAGAGAUACUGUUAUUUAAAAGAGUUAUGCUUUGCAGUACUGCUGGUGAAACGCCAGUAGAUUUGAUCUAAGGGACACUGAUGGUCUUGGCUCGGAUGCAUAUAGAGGAGAAGGUUAUGAAUGGCAGGUGUAUCAGGCAUAUAGUCAGAAAGUUUUGAAUUAGUAGAAGAAUUAAUGAAUGUGAAAAUACAUUGAGUGCACAUAUCAGCAGGACAUAAACUGGAUGCAUUGAACCUUGAGGAUCCAAGUCUGUAACAAAUGUCGCUACUAAGCCUCUAGAAGCUAUAGUAACUCAAAACACAGCUCUGCGUAAGGGAAUCGGUAAACCAUGGUAGAUGUUUUACAGAAAGCACUGUGAAAACCUUCUGGCACAAUUCACCUCCUCUUAUCUGGUUCUGGGAUUUGGCAUCAGUAGUUAAUAGAAAUGAAUAGGGAUGCAUUGAUUAGGAAUUUUUAUGGCUGAUUCUCAUUUCUUUACAGACAUAUUGGCCAAUGGAUGAUUUUUUGCACCAAUUUUCGUUUAGCCUUUUUGUUUGUUUUUUAUUACCCAGAGCUCACACUUAAGUGGAGUAAAUAAAGAAAUGCAUUAGCACAUUCUCCAGUAUUUUCAAUUAGCCAAAGCCGGAAUCAUGCAUCCCUAGAAACUAAGAAUAAAAUCUACAGCAGUUCAUGUUAGAUAGGGCCAGUGUGGGCACAGAAUCAAAAAUAUGUUGUUAGCCAUUCAGAGCCCCCUGUCUUUGGUCUCUGUCUACUCUUAUCAUAAUUCAGCCCUAGAUAGAAAUGGAAGCGUAAAACAAAAUGAAAGUGUGGAGGUUGCCGGUGGUUGUACGAGGACAUUGCUAUAUUUACCUUUCAGCACUUUUGUUUGAUCUCUGAGUAUCGGAAAGUUAAAACAGCCCAGUGAUAUCGAGGCCUUGAGCAUAUUGUGAAGCAGGCUGAAUGAACAACGAUUUUGAAAUGAUUAAGCAGUACAUAAUUGUAAGACUUGAAUCUGUUCUGCAGGCUGAACUAUGACUUCUUGAAUACUGACUUGUAUAACAAGCGUACACUUUAGAGCAAUUUGGACAUGUGAAAGCAUGUGCAGUUUGAAGUGCUAUGCAGUGGCUGCUCUUUAAAUGUCAAACAGUUGAAGUUGUCACAGAAAUGCUUUCUCUUCAAAUAAUGGCAUUUUUUUUCUUUACCUGAGGUUAGUGUGGGACACACAGGCAGCAGAAAGCUGCAGAAAAGUCUAUUUUAGAACAUGAUUGAUUAACCUAUGAAUUAUACUUCUUGUGCAGGCCACUUGUUUUAAAGCAGAGACAGAAAGACUAUAUAUCGCAGAGACAGAACUCUUCUACUAAUAUUAAUCUGUAUAAAUAUUUCACAUAUGGACAAAACCUGACCUGUAUUGUAUUUGCUUUGUUAAUUCAGCGAUUGCUCACACCUAUGCAUUCUUGUACUUCAUUUAUUAUUUUUGUUACCUUUGGUUUGUUUUUACUGAUGACAAUAUAUUUCAUGUACUAUGGAGCUGUGGAGAAGUUCUGAUGUUAUGAAAAAGAAUAUGAAGUAUUUAGACCAUAGAUGACCUUUUACAUGUAAAGCUUUUUUUUGUAAACUGACUCUGUUAUUCUUGUAUUUAGCAGACGUUUGUAAAUUAAAUAUAAACGUAGAUUUAAAAAAUAUAGAAAAACAAAAGCAAAAAUAUGUAAUCUAAAUCAAAUUUGAAAAAAAAAAUUGUUUAUUUAGAUUGAGGGGUUUGGACCAAUUUUUAUAGAAAAGAAUCUUUAAAUUAAGACAUUGCACUUUCAUAGAGGGACAAAGCAGUGAAGAUGUGACCUAUUUUUAAGCAAACUGUUACAUUUCUUAACUUAUGUACAGAAAUGAUUUGAUUCACAAUCCAAAAUUAUAUAUAUAUAUAUAUAUAUACAUAUAUAUAUAUACAUAUAAUGUGUGUGUAUCUCAACGUGCAAUCAGCUUAUGUAGAGAAAAAUAAUAAAUCUUUAUAAGAGAAAAGGAUGUUCUUUGGAGAUCAUUAUUAUGCUGACAUGUCCUACCUGAUCCAGUACAUCUUUCUGUUUUACAUUCAGCUUAUAAGCAACAGUCAUAGCCAGUUUGUAUAAUGUAAGGCCAUAGCUCUCUGAUUUAGUUGUUGAUGCAGUUGCCUGAUGUGCUUGUAUUCCCAACCAGAUUGUUGCUGCUGUAUGAAGCCAUAUGUGUACAUAAAUGAUCUUGCAUAAAGAAGAAUCCAGUGUG